AUGGCUGCCGCGGAGCUGUACGCGCAGCCUUGGCGGCUCUCUGCUCUCUACCCAGAUGGUGGCAAGCCAGAAAGCUGUGGUGAUCCAGAGCGCGGUGAGGGGCUGGCUGGCUCGCACCAAGUACCUUCGGGUGCGCAGGGCGGUGGUCUAUCUGCAGUGCUGCUACCGGCGCAUGCGGGCUCGCAGGGAGCUGAGGCGGCUCCGGAUCGAGGCCAAGUCGGUGGAGCACUACAAACAGCUCAACAAAGGCAUGGAGAUCAAAGUGAUGCGCAGCUGCAGUGCAAAGUGGAUGAGCAGGCCAGGAAGAUCUGGAGUCUCUCGGAGCAGCUGUCGGCACUGAGAGCCUCCCACAGCGAGGAGGUGGAGCGGCUGUGCAGUGAGCUGCGGGAGGACAAGGCGCAGGAGACGUGCAUCCGGGAGCUGCAGGAGCAGCUGCAGCGCGUGGAGUCGGAGAAGAGCUGCUCGGAAGGCCGGCUGGGCCAGGAGAUGGAGGAGCUGAAACAGCACCUGACUGAGCUGGAAGCCAUGAAAUCCAAUCUGAAGGAAGAGAAGGACGCUCUCAACCAGCAGAUCAUGGAGCAGUCGCAGGAGCUGGAAGACCAGCUGCGCCGGCGCGCGGCGGAGAGCCAGGAGCUGCUGUGCCAGCUGGAGGGGGAGAGGGCUCGCUACCAGAACCUGGUGAAGGAGCGCGCCCGCCUGGAGCAGUGCUGCGAGAACCUGCAGGAUGAGGUGGCCUUCCAGAAGGUGAGCAGUGCGGGCUGGGCUGAUGCCCUGGACAUCCCAGAUACCCCGGGGAGCCAGGUCGCCUUCCUGGUGGCGGUGACGUCGGGAAGACGAGUCUCAGAGAUUAAGGCUUUGGCCUCGGAACCACCUUACACGGUGUUUUAUAAGGACAAGAUCCAGCUGCGGCCUUCCUGCCAAAGGUGGAAUCUUCCUUCCACAUGA